AUGACGCACCCCAUCAAUGACCCCCGGGCGCCGGCACCGCCGGGCACCGACAGCCCUGACACCGGCACCGGAGCUCUGCCGGCACCGGCUUCCCCGGGCACCGACAGCCCCGGGCACCGGCACUGCCGGGCACCGACAGUCAUCCCUGGGAACCGGCUUCCCCGGGCACCGACACCUCCGGGCACCGACAGCCCCGGCUCCGGCAUCCCCGGGCACCGACACCGCCGGGCAGCGGCAGCGGGAGCGAAGCCCUCAGCGCAGACCCCGCGACAUCACCGGGCCAUCACCGGGCAGCGCGCCCCGGGCACCGGGAGCGGAGCCGCAGGGCACCAGCAGCGGGCUGCGAUGCUUCCCGGGGCGGGUCCCCUCGCCUUCCUGCUCCGGUGCCUCCUGCUCCUCUUCGCCUCCGAGAGCCGAGCCCGGGCUCGGCCGGAGGCGUUCUGCGACUUCAACGGCAAGAAGUACAGCCCGGGGGAGAGCUGGCACCCGUACCUGGAGCCGCAGGGGCUGAUGUACUGCAUCCGCUGCAGCUGCGCCGAGAACACCAGCAUCAGGUGCUCCCGGAUCCAGUGCCCGGCGCUGCCGUGUGCCAGCCCCGUCACGGAGCCCCAGCAGUGCUGCCCGCGCUGUCCCGAGCCCCCGUCCCCGUCUGGGCUGCGGGCGCCCGCCAGGUCGUGCCGCUACAACGGGACCACGUUCCAGCAGGGAGAGAUGUUCAGCGGCAGUGAGCUGUUCCCCGGCCGCCAGCCCAACCAGUGUGUGCAGUGCAGCUGCUCCGAAGGCCAGAUUUACUGUGGCUUGGUGACCUGCCCCGAGCUGCUGUGCUCCUCUCCCUUCAGCGUGCCAGAUUCCUGCUGCCAGGUCUGCAAAGAUGGCUCCUUUGAGAAGCCCACGGAAGAGGAGCCCCUGCAGUUAAACAGAGGUGUUAGACAUUCCCAGGACCAGUGCUUGGGAGAGGUGGUGGGCAGGAAGGCCCCCGGAGCCACCGUGUCCACGGCCCUCAGCUCUUCCCUGGAGCUAAUUCCCAGAAGCUUCAAACCCAAGGGAGCAGGCGGCACCACUGUGAAGAUCGUCUUGAAAGAGAAGCACAAGAAAGCCUGCGUGUACAAUGGGAAGACCUACUCGCACGGGGAGGUGUGGCACCCCGUGUUCCGGCUCUACGGCCUGCUGCCCUGCAUCCUCUGCACCUGCAGGGACGGCGUCCAGGACUGCCACAAGGUCACCUGCCCCAAGGAGUACCCCUGUCAGCACCCUGAAAAAGUAGAUGGGAAAUGCUGCAAAGAAUGUCCAGAAAGCAGGGUCAGACCCACGGACGAGGUGGGCAGCGCCCGGUGUGGCAGCGGCCCCAGCCGUGUCCUGGUGUACGCCUUCGUGCCGCCGCGCUCCGAGCCCUCCAAGGACGUCCUCAGGACCGUGGCCAUCGAGAGGGAGCUGGCAGAGGAGGUGGAAAUCUACAACUGGAAGCUGAUUAAAGGAAUAUUCCAUCUGAUCCAGACCAAGAAGAUCAGCAAGCAAGAAUUCAAGCAAGAAGCACAAAACUUCAGGCUGAUCACCAGGACAAACGAAGGUCACUGGAACAUCUUCCGAGCGCAGACGCCGGAGCUGAGGAUGACAGAGAGCCCAGAGAAGGAGACAAAGACGUUGUAA